UUUCCCCAUCUCCUCCCUUGUGCUUGUGGGUUUGGGCAUAGGGGUCCUUGGCCUGAAUUUUUUAGGGCAAACAGAUUUUAAACAGACCAGGCCUUUGAACAGCUUAUAAUUUGCCCUUCUUGGGACUUCCCUGGUGGUCCAGUGGUUAAGGCUCGUGCUUCCAAUGCGGCGGGUGCGGGUUUGAUCCCUGGUUGGGGAACUAAGAUCCCACAUGCUGCACAGUGUGGCCAAAAUAAUAAUAAUAAUCAUUUCCUAAGUUUAGCUGCCUGGCAAACUCCUACUUGAACUUCAAAGCCCCAGCUUCAACACCCCCUCAACCCCUCCUUCCAUGAUGCCCUAGGCAGACACUGUACUCCUCCCUGGGCUCUAGGCUUGAUCUUGCAGAUGGAAGUGUCUGGUCCUGGUCCUAUUUCCCCUAGCCUGGGGGCUUCCUGAGGGCGGGGUUGAGAACUGAGUCCUCUCUGGGGCCCCGGAUUUGUCUCCAGGCACAUAGCAGCAUCCAUAAGAAUUCACUGAAUAGAUAAGCAAGUGGAGAGGUGAUCUCUAAAUUCAAGGGGUACAGGAGGCCUCUGGCUGGUGGUGAGGUGGGUCCAGGGAUAUGGUGGUGUCUUCAUUCCUGCACAUCCUGCUGGGGAGGGGAUGGUGCCUCCUGCCCUGGCUCUGCCUGAACCACCAGGCCCACCCCGUGGUGGGCCCAGUGGGCUCUAGUUGCAGGAACACAGCUUGUCUGUGCCAGGGCUGAGUCCCACCCUGUUCCUGGCAGUAAGGCAAAUCCCAGCAUCAUCUGCAUCAGGCCCCUAGAAGCCCUAACAGGGAGGAAGCCAGGAGGGGAGCCACCCAGACCCCGUGGCCCUGCCUGAGAGGAUCCUGCUUUUUCUCCUGGUGGCCCCUGGGGCUUAUCAGACGCCUUGUGUCAGGCUCCCCGUUGGGGUGGGGGGUGGUCCCAGGACUCCUAUUCUGGGGUGGAGACAGAUUCAUGAGCAGACUACUUUCGGUGGGGAGGCAAUAAAGGGAGGGGGCAUGACUGGGGGACCCAGGGCCCUUUCAGAUGGUUUCGAGGCCAAGAUCUGGGUUGUCCAAGAGCCCCAAUGGCUGACAGGUCAGGGUCGGAGUGCACCAGGGGAGGGCACAGCCGUGCAAAGGCCUGCAGGUGGGGGUGAUUCCUCAUGCUACAGAGGAGGAAACUGAGGCUCGCGAGGGUAGCCAGUAACAGGACGGGAUUCAAAUCCAGGACCCAUGUAGUCCGAGCCUCUCCCUAAGGCGGAAGGGCCUCAAGGGCCUCAGGGGCCGUCGCGAGAUGGCCCCGCCCACGACCCCGCCCACAACCACGCCCACCAGAGGCUCCGCCCCACGGCAUGACCGGAAGUGCGCGGGGCCCCCAAGAUGGCGCCCGAAACCCGGAAGUGAGCGGGGCCGCGGCGAAGCUCGGAGGAACGGAGGCGCCGCGGGCUCCGCGCCCAGGCCGGACCCGGGUCCGAGGUCAUGAUGCCACCACCACGGAGCAAGAAGCCCAGAUAGAUGCCCCUGCGGCCCGGCGUGUGGAGCCCCCCGAUGCUGGCAGUGGGGCCCACCAUGGAUGGGGAGUUCCCUCCGCACGAGCCUCCACCAGCCGGCAGCGUCCUGUAUAGCCCGCCGCCCCUGCAGACCCCACUGUGCGGGCCCAGCGUCCAGAAUGCCAUGCUGCAUUAUCCCUGGUGGAGCAGCUUCUCGCCCACGCCAUACCCAGCCUUCUCCAGCGAGAGCCACCAGUUCAUGAACUCCUCCUUCAUUGUGGGCCAGCCCUGCGUGGACACCAGCUAUGGUCCUGCAGCCGCCACCCCCAGCUUCCCGCCAAAGAGCAGCGACUUUCCUCAGGACUCCUCGUACCUCGAUGACCUCUCCAAUGCCUCCAUCUUCUCCUCGUCCGUGGACUCCCUCUCAGACAUCGCAGACACACCUGACUUCCUGCCCGCCGACAGCCUCAGCCAGGUGCCCACCAUCUGGGACGUGAGCACUGGCCCCUCCACCCACGACAAGCUGUUCCUGCCCAGCGGGCCAUUUACAGGCCUUGAGGACCCUGUGUCCUCUCUCUCCAGCACCCCACUUCUCGUCAGCUACCAGUCUCAGAGUCACCCCGAGGAGGACGACGAAGCUGAGGAGGAUGAGGCAGAGGAGCUGGGCCACGCGGAGACCUACGCCGACUACGUGCCAUCCAAGUCCAAGCUUGGGAAGCAGCACCCAGACCGCGUGGUGGAGACCAGCACUCUGUCCAGCGUUCCGCCGCCGGACAUCACCUACACCCUCGCCCUGGCCUCCUCCGACAGCGGAGCCCUUUCCGCCUUGCAGCUAGAGGCCAUCACCUACGCCUGCCAGCAACACGAGGUCCUGCUCCCCGGUGGGCAGCGCGCGGGCUUCCUUAUCGGCGAUGGCGCGGGCGUGGGCAAGGGCCGCACGGUGGCCGGCAUCAUCCUGGAGAACUACCUGCGGGGCAGAAAGAAGGCCUUGUGGUUCAGCGUCUCCAAUGAUCUCAAGUACGAUGCGGAGCGCGACCUUCGGGACAUCGCCGCCCCUGGCAUCGCGGUGCACGCGCUGAGCAAGAUCAAGUACGGCGACAACACUACCUCAGAGGGCGUCCUCUUUGCCACCUACUCCGCCCUGAUCGGGGAGAGCCAGGCAGGCGGGCAGCACCGCACGCGCAUCCGGCAGAUCCUGGAGUGGUGUGGGGAGGCCUUCGAUGGCGUGAUUGUGUUUGACGAGUGCCACAAAGCCAAGAACGCCAGCUCCACCAAGAUGGGCAAGGCCGUGCUGGACCUGCAGAACAAGCUGCCCCUGGCCAGGGUGGUCUACGCCAGCGCCACAGGUGCCUCUGAGCCCCGGAACAUGAUCUACAUGAGCCGCCUGGGUAUCUGGGGCGAGGGCACACCGUUCCGGACCUUCGAGGAAUUUCUGCAUGCCAUCGAGAAGAGGGGUGUGGGCGCCAUGGAGAUCGUGGCCAUGGACAUGAAGGUCAGCGGCAUGUACAUCGCACGCCAGCUCAGCUUCUCUGGCGUCACCUUCCGCAUCGAAGAGAUCCCGCUGGCCCCGUCCUUCGAGCACAUCUACAACCGGGCGGCCCUGCUGUGGGCCGAGGCCCUGGGCGUGUUCCAGCAGGCAGCCGACUGGAUCGGCCUGGAGUCACGCAAGUCCCUGUGGGGCCAGUUCUGGUCGGCCCACCAGCGCUUCUUCAAGUACCUAUGUGUUGCCGCCAAGGUGCGCCGGCUGGUGGAGCUGGCCCGGGAGGAGCUGGCCAGGGACAAGUGCGUGGUUAUCGGGCUGCAGUCCACGGGUGAGGCGCGUACCCGGGAGGUGCUGGGCGAGAAGGAGGGCCAGCUUGAUGGCUUCGUGUCCGCUGCCGAAGGCGUCUUUCUGUCGCUAAUUCAGAAGCACUUUCCUUCAACCAAGAGGAAGCGAGAGAGAGGACCGGGCAAUAAGCGAAAAAGGCGGCCACGGGGCCGUGGGGCCAAGGUGCCCAGGCUGGCGUGUGACGCAGCGGGCGUGAUCCGCGUCAGUGACGACAGCAGCACAGAGUCGGACGGCGGCCUGGACAGCGACUUCCACUCCUCCCCCGAGUCCCUGAUGGACGAUGACGUGGUCAUCGUGGACGCCAUCGGGCUCCCGGCCGACGACCGCGGCCCCCUGUGUCCCCCACCGCGGGACCUGCACGGCCCCGGUGUCCUGGAGCGGGUGGAGCGGCUGAAGCAGGACCUGCUGGCCAAGGUGCAGGCGCUGGGCCGGGAGCUGCCCGUCAACACCCUGGACGAGCUCAUUGACCAGCUCGGGGGUCCAGAGUGCGUGGCGGAGAUGACCGGCAGGAAGGGCCGCGUGGUGUCCAGGUCCGACGGGACGGUGGCCUUCGAGUCCCGGGCGGAGCAGGGCCUCUCCAUCGACCACGUGAACCUCAGGGAGAAGGAGCGCUUCAUGAGCGGAGAGAAGCUCGUGGCCAUCAUCUCAGAGGCCUCCAGCUCCGGCAUCUCCCUCCAAGCCGACCGCCGGGUACCGAACCAGCGGCGCCGGGUGCACAUGACACUGGAGCUGCCCUGGAGCGCCGACCGGGCCAUCCAGCAGUUUGGCCGGACCCACCGCUCCAACCAGGUUUCCGCGCCUGAGUACAUCUUCCUCAUCUCAGAGCUGGCCGGGGAGCGCAGGUUUGCCUCCAUCGUGGCCAAGAGGCUGGAGAGCCUGGGGGCUCUGACCCACGGGGACCGCCGAGCCACCGAGUCCCGUGACCUGAGCAAGUACAACUUUGAGAACAAGUACGGCGCCCGGGCGCUCAGCUGCGUCCUCACCACCAUCCUAAGCCAGACAGAGAGCAAGGUGCCGCUGCCCCAGGGCUACCCUGGAGGGGACGCCGCCUUCUUCCGUGACAUGAAGCAGGGGCUGCUGUCCGUCGGCAUCGGCGGGCGCGAGUCCCGGUCCGGCUGCCUGGACGUGGAGAAGGCAGACUGCUCCAUCAGCAAGUUCCUCAACCGCAUCCUGGGGCUGGAGGUGCACAAGCAGAACACGCUCUUCCAGUACUUCUCCGACACCUUCGACCACCUCAUCGCCGCCGACAAGAAGGAGGGCAAAUACGACAUGGGCAUCCUGGACCUGGCCCCUGGCAUUGACGAGAUCUACGAGGAGAGCCAGCAGGUGUUCCUGGCCCCCGGCCACCCGCAGGAUGGGCAGGUGGUCUUCUACAAGAUCAGCGUGGACCGCGGCCUGAAGUGGGAGGAGGCCUAUGCCCGGUCGCUGGAGCUGAUGGGCACCCACGAUGGCUUCUACCUCUCCUACAAGGUCCGCGGCAACAAGCCCAGCUGCCUGCUGGCCCAGCAGAACCGCGGCAAGCUCUUCACCGUGUACAAGCCCAACAUCGGGCGGCAGAGCCAGCUGGAGACCUUAGACAGCCUGUGCCGGAGGUUUCACCGGGUGACAGCGGAGGAGGCCAGAGAGCACUGGGAGAGCAGCUACACCUUCUCUCUGACUCACUGCAGCCACACCACAUGGAACCGGCACUGCCGGCUGGUGCAGGAGGGCAAGGACUGCGCGCAGGGCCUGAGGCUGCGACACCACUACAUGCUGUGCGGGGCCCUGCUGCGCGUGUGGGGUCGCAUCGCCGCCGUCAUGGCCGACGUCACCAGCAGCAGCUACCUGCAGAUCGUGCGCCUCAAGACCAAGGACAAGAAGAAGCAAGUUGGCAUCAAGAUCCCUGAGGCCUGCGUGCGCCGCGUCCUGCAGGAGCUGCAGCUCAUGGACGCCGAUGUGAAGCGCAAGCAGGCACGUGCCCGGGGUCUCCCCGCGCUGCCGCCCGCCCCACGCCCGCUCGCGCUGCCCUGCGGCCCCGGCGAGGUCCUGGACCUCACGUACAGUCCGCCGGCCCAGGCCUUCCCGCCGCCCUCGCCCUUCGCCUUCCCGGCCCCGGCCCCCGGCCCCGGCGGCCUGCUGCUGGGUGUUCCCGACGCCCCGGCUGACCCCGCGGCGCUCCUGCACCAGGGUUGCGACAUCAACUUCAAGGAGGUGCUGGAGGAUAUGCUGCGCUCCCUCAACGCCGCGCCGCCCCCUGAGCCCCCCGGCCUGCUGGGCGCCGGCGGGGGGGCAGCAGGCGCGCCGGAGGGCAGCGGGGGCCCCGAGCGGCAGAGCGUCAUCCAGUUCAGCCCCCCCUUCCCCAACUCCUAGGCCCCGGGGCAUCCUUCCCGCACGAAACUUAUUUAUCUAUAAUAGGCGCCCUGUCUACACCGGGGAAGCGGGUGGUGAGCAGGGCCAACAGCCCUGCGGACUACUGAGAGGAGCAGGCGGGGCCAGGAGCCCUUCGAGGCCGGGACAGGGGCCCUUCGUCCGGCCUCCCGAGGCCUCCACUGCAGUGCCUUCCCACCGGUGCCUGGGCAGACGCUCGAGACGCUGCCGGCCCUGGGGGUGCCCUCCAAGCCCUGCCUGGUGGGCAGUGGCCAUGCGCAGGCCCCACUCAGGACACUCAGGGGCCAGGCAGGGCCUGGGGGUGGGGGGCCUCCUCUGUGCCUCUGUCCUCUGCUGCCCCCUUCCAGGCCGGGGUUGGGGCUCCCACCCCACCCACCUUACCAGGCCCGGUCAGCCCUGAAAUCCACAAAACUGGGUGGCCCCAAGAGCUGGAAACUCAGGAAACCCCAGGUGCUCAGGGCCCCACCGCCUCUGGGGGGCUCCGUGGGGCAGAUCUUCUAUUAAUAUAUGCAACCCCCUCCCUGCUCUCUGUGCCCUAAAUUAUUGCCCAGCCACCUCUCCCAGGGCCUGGAAUCUCCUGCGGAGCUGGUGGGUGGCCCCCUGGUUUCUAUGUGUAUUUAUAAUGAAUUCAAGUGUAUAUAUGUAAAGAGAUCUUUUUUAAAUAUAUGUGCCUUUUCACUA